AAGAAAAGAAAUCGUGGUGGUGAAGCGAGGGGCGAGGAGAGCUCGAAAUCGCCAUCGGGUUGCGUCGUCCCAUCGCCGCAAAUGCCGCCGCCGUGCCCUACCCUCUGCCGCCUCCCGGCGGCGAGCCUCGGCCUCCCCUGGUCGCGCCCAUCAAUAGCCACCCCCCGCCUCGCCCUCGCCGCGCGCCGCGCCAGGGCCGUCGCCGCCAGGGCCUCCUCUUCCUCGCCGGACUCCUCCUUCGGCUCGCGGAUGGAGGACUCCGUCAAGAAGACGCUCGCCGACAACCCCGUCGUCAUCUACUCCAAGUCGUGGUGCUCGUAUUCCAUGGAGGUCAAGGGUCUCUUCAAGCGGCUCGGCGUGGAGCCCCAUGUCAUCGAGCUCGACCAUCUCGGUGCUCAGGGACCACAGCUGCAAAAGGUGUUAGAGAGGUUGACUGGACAGUCCACUGUUCCUAAUGUUUUCAUCGGUGGAAAGCACAUUGGUGGCUGCACAGAUACCGUGAAGCUUCAUCGCAAGGGGGAGCUAGCUACAAUGCUGACGGAAUUGGACAUCAAAGUGAAUAAUUCAUCAUGACAACAUUGAGCUUUUACCAGCUGCCUAGCUUGCGUAAAAUCGGAGCAAUUUGAGGUUUAUUUGAUUUGAGCCGUUAUGUACCCAAAUUUGUCUGCAGAUCUAUGUGUUGACUAAACUGAUGGUGGCAAAGUUAAUUUUGUCUACUGUACAUCUGUCUCUGAGA